GGAAGGUCGAGGUAGGUCAUUUCCUUCAGGUAGAUGAAAGAAAUAAAAGUACAGCUUACGAAUAAGAACCUGUCAGGUUAACACAUGGUUCAAAUGAACCUCGACGAAGUACCAUCAACAAACCAACUUUGGGAUAUUUUAAGGUUUUCUUUUCUGGGCAUGGUUCCACUUGCACAACAGUGAGCAGUAUAAAAACUCGGAAUCAGGCUUAAAAUGCGGUCAGACGGUUUCAAACGAUGAAAAGUGGAGUAACGGAUUAGAACGAAGAAUAUUUUCUUGUCCAGACCAGGGACCUUUGCUUGAUCUUGUCUCAGUAAUCAAUUGGAUAUAAAUUCUUCUUCUCUAAUUGCCACUGCCCAUGAUGCCAUUCGCGAAUUUUGUGCGAGCAGCUAUGUUGUUGCUGCCGUUGUGCAGCAUGGCUGUCAUCGCCUCUUUCGAUGUUAACCGGACGACGGAACAAGAAGUUUCGUCGUUGUCAUCUAUGACGUCAGAAGAGGAGACACGGAGGGUGCGUCGUCUGGAGGCAGAGGUGGAGAUACUGCGGCGGAGUGUGACUGAGCUGAAAACUUCAGGGCCGUGUGCAACAAAGCAAAGCUCGCUAGAAGCAGACGCCCUCAGUGUGGCGCAGGAAGUUCGCGGACUACGUCAUCACGUGCAGUCGCUGAGAAUGCACUCAGAGUUGUCUGCCAUCCGUGCUGACCUGGAGUCCAUGAGGUCAAGGCUGCCGAGUGAAGCUACUGAGGCGAGGAAACCACCUGCAGCUAUCUCAGUCUCGGAAGAACGAUCGCAAAACGUUUCUCAGUCGUCAGCAUUGACGGGUUCUGUUUAUACUCGCUGGGGUAAUGGCCAUUGUCCAUCUGGCUCUCAGCUUGUCUACUCAGGUGUUACAGGAGGAUCCCACUACACCUUCGAAGGAGCGGCGUCCAACGCCCUGUGUCUUCCUCUCAGCCCUGUCUUUGAAGACUACGUCCUGCCGGCAUCCGUCGCCUACGUCUACGGGGCUGAGUACGAAGUCAACGUCCAUUCUUCUAAUGAACUUGACCUCAAAUGUUCCGUAUGUCAUAUCCCACGCGCCGCCACCUUCAUGGUGCCAGCUACCAACUCCUGCCACACCGGGUGGACAAUGGAAUAUUCGGGUAUUCUCAUGGCCGGACAUCACACACACAAAGCAGCGACCGAGUUUGUGUGCAUGGACUCUGCAAUGGAGGGUAUGACGGGGUCAAAGGACAAUAAGGAUGGAAAACUGUUCUAUUUUGCCGUCUCGACAUGUGGGAGUCUGCCGUGUCCUCCUUACAUAAACAACAAAGCGCUGAGCUGUGCUGUUUGCUCCAAAUGAUUCAUUUUUUCGUGUUCGCGCUAAAAACCAUUAAAAAUCAUAUGAUUUGCCGAAUGAUAAAAGUGUUAUCUAGGUUAGAAUUUAUUAGAAUGCGAUAUGUAGACAUUUGAUAAAAAUGUUCAUUUAUUUCCAUCUACCCAGAGUUCUCCCAAUGUUUAUUGGGAGUUUACAUUGAUUGGACCACAAGGCUUGCUGGUUCCAGAGACAGAUGAAGGAAACUAUUUUUAUUGCGGCUGCUUCCCUGCCGACAGUCUACAGCAAUCUUCUUCAGCCACAUACUCUGAGUUUAUCUCAAGGUGGUGUUCACUGAACACACCGGUCACUUUCAGAUGCUGAAGAAGGCGUGUGGAGACACAUCGGAAGCUCCAGUAAUUGCUGUUUCUUCCUUGUGUGGAAAGGUUUGGUUUUCCUUCUGCUUCACCCUCAAUUUAGUAAGGUAUCCUUGCUGGAGCAGGGAUUAGGUGAAGCUAUACUUCAAAGAAUGAAAUUAAUUUUAAUGCCAUUGUUUGUUCCUACAAUAUGUCUGGGGUUAGUAAACUCCAGGCUGAGAGAACUUUUAGUGGCGAGGACAGCCGUUGUGUGUCACUGACCGUACACUGUAGUAAAUAAAAUGUGCUGUACCCUCACCCAA